GUGGGAUGGAGAUAGUAGAGCAAGACGGCACUACCUAGCACUGGCGAGGGUAUUUUCAGCCUGACACAUUCCCUUCUAGGCGAGGCGGGUAGAGACGUGACUGUUGAGCUGCUUGCUGUCUCGUGUGGUGAGAAGGGGAGAGAGGGAGAUAGAGAGAGAGAGAGAAAGAGAGAGAGGGACUGGCGGAUUGGCGAGGCGUGUGUAAGGUGCGAACAGAAAAGGGACGCUGGGACAGGGAGGAACAUAGAGCAAGGAAGAAAGGGAACAGAUAUACAAACCAGGGAAGAACUCUCGGGAGUGUUUACUGCUGCCUCUGCGUAAGAUGGCGCCAGAGGAUGGUGUCAUUCCCACCCACAGACCCGGACCAACCACAGUCCUCCUGGUGGACCACGCACGGCGUGCAGUGGAGGCGGAUCCCCACGCUUUAGUGCAGGCAGCGAGCAGGGCGGUGUGCGUCAUCGAAGGACUCAGAGGAGAGGGCAAGUCCAGUCUGGCGCGCACACUACUGCAAGACGAGAAGUUCCAGGGAGUGUUCGUGCUGCCCGGGCCGGUGUUGGACGAGAUGGACAUCUGGGAGGCGAUCAGCACACAAAUCUUUGAGAAAACAAGACAGAGACUAACGGAAAGUGAGGACUGGAUGGAGACCACUAGAACGCUAGUCAUCAUUGACGAUUUCUUGCCUCGGUGGAAUGAUGAAGCAGUGGUAGCCCUGAAUCAGUGGAAGAUGAUGUCCCUGGUACUUCUCACAACUCCUUAUCACGCAGCCAACACUCAGGAAGCACUGUCGACAGCGGGGAUACAAAACGUAAAGAAGCACCGCUUGGCCCCUCUAGACAAAAAUAAGAUGUUGGAGUUUGCCAAGAACCACUUGGUUGAAGACCAUCUGCUUGAGCUUGCCACGUGGCUCACGAAUAACUGGUGGUGGGCAGGUGCUGUACUGCGCUUCAAAGGACUAAUUGAACCGUUUUGCGCGGCCUGGAAAUCUGGUUUGAUUGAAACAGUCUCCACAGAAACAGAACUCUUAUGGGCCAUCACCGACUGCAUGACGGAAUCUCUGGAGAAAAAUGGACUGCCUGAGAACGCGCUGGAAAGAUGGUGGACUGCUCUGGGUGGAUUAUGCCGAAGAAGCCUUGAGACUGGGUACCCAAUGAACGCCUCGGAGGUUGAGUAUGAGGCGCGAAAGAUUUUUCCAACAGGAUCCAAAGGCGUCACUGCCAAACAUUUGCUCCCUGCGCUGGGAGAGUCUGCCGGCUGCUGUGGCGUCAGGUGGCUGUCCCUUCCCCAGCCUCUGAUGGAGUUCCUUACCGGCUUGAAUGUCUUCCAUCAGAACCUGGCUGGACUUCCCAUCAAGUCUCUGGUGAAAGGAAUUGCUGACGAGGAUCCAGUGGUGGUCCAUGUGGCGGGUCACCUGGCGCGGGCUGCUGAGCGUGGGACAACUCCUCCAGAGAAACAACUUAUAAGACUUCGUAACUUAGUGCUUCACAUGGACCAGGCCAAAGACAGGUUCAGUUACACGCUGAGAAUCCUGUUUUCAUCGCAUAUCUACCCCGAGCUGCUAAAGUAUAUAGUGACCGACGUUGAUUUCACGAAGGUUUGGGAUAUCAGCGACUCUGCAAUGCGCUUUCAUCCAGUUGAGGCACUACUGGAGCACAUACGUCCCUUGAAGGCAGAGGUGACCGUCACUAGGGGAGAGUCGGCACCUGAGAUGCCCCAAGUUGCGCGUCUGCUGGCUGAGCGCGGCAUCUUCAUGUUCCUUGCAGACAUGAACCAUCUCACUUUCGGGAACCCUGCUAACUCUGAUUCAUUGAUACACACAAUUCAGAAGUACGGCACUAAGGGAGUGUUGCAGGACUUCAUGGGGUGUCUGUCUUCUCGCUGUUUGAAUGACCUCGGCAAACACAUAACCACUCAGAAUCUAGUAUGUCUACGAGUGCGUGUAACUGACACACAGUCUGUGAAGGCUGCGUGCCUCACCCCAGAGUCACUUCCUUCCCUCAUGUGGCUUGAAAUUGAUUUUGAUCUACCCUUUGAUGACCUGGUAAAGGUCGCAGUGCCCAAGGUCAACACCCCACUCAUGGACGUCACAUUCAGAGGUUUGACAGACAACGACAUGGUGCGUUUGGUAGCGUUUCUGGCUCUGAUUCGAAAACGCUACUCCGGCAUCCACCUCAUGCAAUCUGAGUUGAGUCCAGAAGGGGCUCGGACAUUUAUUAAGGGUCUCUUCUCAAAAUUCAUGAAGACCUCAGCCGACCCAGACGCCAUCAGCCGCUACCGGGCAUGGCGCUAUCCAAUCGUUGGCCAGUCAUUCCAAACUAACCUUUCUGAUGAGGAGGCAAGACACUUGAUUGGUCACGACGAUCGUCCGCAGUACAACGACAACGAGGUGGAGGCUGUGGGGGUUGUGGCAGAGAGGAUGGAGGUGCUGACUCUAGCCACCUUCCUUGGGGUAUUAGAGGACCCUGCCUGCUUCCGUUAUGAAUGUGCGAACUUCAGAGUGGUGAAAAGUUUGGACGGAAAGGUGGAGACGAAGGAGAUGGCGAGUUACUUAGGCUAGAUAGUGGAGAUAUAUGUGCUUUGAAGGUGACGGUGUUUGUUUGGCAACUGGAAUGCUAAGUAGAGCCAUAGUGAAAUAUUGGUAAUGGUUUAGGGAUGUGAUGGUGCCCCAAGGAAAGGACGGAACACUAUAACAUGAUAUUAGGAGAGAAGUAGAGGUCUUGAAGAGCUAAUGUCUAUCGAUACAUUAAUUGAGGACUUAAGUGUUGUAUGAUAUCUUGAGUUGUGUCCAAAGACGUGGAUGUUUUCCAAGAUGGUGUUGGUGUAUCUGAGGUUUCGUGAUGUUGUAGGAAGGCGAUGUUGUAUUGCUGGAGAAUAUGACACAACAGUGACGAAGAAUGGGAUCGUAGCGUAUGAAUAAGUACCAUUCAGAUGUAAAGAAAGCGGGCAAUUUGUGGUAUAGAAUAGAUUACUUUUGUACUCUAGAGAGACACGAUGGCCGUGUAUUAAUCAUUAUAAUCGGUCACAUACUAAAGUGAAACUAUUCACACUGCUUAAAUGGAUUUUCAAGAGUAUCUUUAGAGGUCUAGAAUCAUAUAAAAAAGAUUUGAUACAUAUUGACACGAUAAACAUUCUUAAAAACCUCACCCGUUGGGAGAUGUAGCGUUCUCCCGUUAACCCUAGCAGUGUCAUAUGACCUAUAAACUGUUGCGGCGCCUAAUGGGAUAAUUUCCAUUUUUCUCAAUGGCCUUGGGAAAGAGUCGUGGUGAGACAGCAAAGUGCUUCUGAAUAAUCAUGCCAGCGUGCUGAGCUCAGUUGACUAAUGCCUGUCGUCGUGUUACUGGGCUGGGAGCUGCAUUACGCACUCAUGUAUGCACGCUAAUUUAAACAAGAGCACUAACUCGCACAGCCAAUAAGAGUGUGAUAUUUGAAGCUUCUAAUGCGCGCUGCCUGAUAAAUGAGUGUCAAGUGUGUGGUUACAAGCAGCUUAUGCCGCCGCUCAGUAGAAAUGUGAUUAGUAGAUCUAGGUUUUGAUAACAAACGUGAUAAUUUUGUAUACGGCGAAAUAUGUGCACAAUGCUGAAUAUUUUUGUUACGUGUUUUGUAUAAGCAGAAUAAAUGUUUUUUGAUUCAGUC